CACCCAUCCUCAUCCAUUACCACACUCAUGUUAAGCAGGUUGGCACCAGCCCAGACUGGACUAUCUUGGGUAAAAAAAAAAUACCUGCAUAAAAGCUCAGCCUGUGAGGAACCCAGACUGUUCUCCUGUGCCAUCCCUACAGCCCCUGUUCAACCUAAGGUCAAAUUGCCUUCUCUCCAGCUUAUUUUGCCUGCAUGUAAUCCAACAUCGUGAGUGACCAAGACACUGCAAUAUAGUUCAAACUGCAGAGUACCAGGCAUAGGUUGAGUCAGGGGAACAUCUCACCAGCCCAGACUGCCACCAUGAUUGGUGAGAUCUGUGCUGCAGCAACCUUCAUCUGCAAGUUCCUCUGCACCAAGGGCCUCAGGAAUGAGGAGCUGCUGCAGACCUUCAGCCAGAGCCUGCAGGAGCUGCUGGUAGAACACUACAAACACCACUGGUUCCCAGAGCAACCCUGCAAGGGAUCGGGUUACAGGUGUAUUCGCAUCAACCAUAAGAUGGAUCCUCUUGUCAGUCAGGCUGCGCAGCAGAUUGGACUGAGCAGUAGAGAGUUGUUCAGGCUUCUCCCAAGUGAACUCACACUGUGGGUUGAUCCCUAUGAAGUGUCCUACAGGAUUGGAGAGGAUGGCUCCAUCUGUGUGCUGUAUGAAGCCUCACCAGUGGGAGGUAGCUCUCACAACAGCACCAAUGCACAAAUGGUAGAUAGCAGAAUCAGCUUUAAGGAAGAACCUCUUUUGGGCAGAACAGGCCCUUCUAAAAACUACAAUAUGAUGGCUGUAUCGGUUUAAGAUAUAGUCUACAUUUGAUUUUUUGCUUUGGGUGGGCUCCUCUUGGGCAUGGAUUAUUGAAUUUAAACCAUGUCACAGAUGUGAAAAUCUGGCACGAGAUAGUGUUGAUAUUUUUAAGUGACACUGCUAUAGUUCGGAUAGUUCUUUUUCAUGAUGUAUUAGCCUGGAGUUAAAGGAUUCAUUCACUUUAUUUACAAGGGAAUGAAGCCACCAAUUGAUUUCUUUCUCCCAGAUAUUAUACCCAUAUUUUCAUGUCAGUCCCUUUAAGGAAAAUCUGUAUUUCAAAAUAACUAUCUUUCAACCUAAAGACAAACAGGUUGCAUGAAAAGGGAAAAUGUCAGACCUUGUAUUGUAUCCUUAGUUUUAGCAGGGAACCAGAAUGUGACUUUGCAAGGGGCUUUUAAAAGGCCCUUAAAAAGACACUGCCUGAGCCAUGUUUGUUAGCACCAGCCUGUUUACAGUAUUUUUGCUAGUUUGUAGUUUUCUAAGAACACUUAUUUUUAGGAAGUGGAGGUGUAGUUAGUAACUUCCUUAUGCUUAUCUGGCUUAAAAUAUCUCCCACAAACCAACAUUCCUUUGUGCAUUAUGAAAUACUGUAAUUUCCACAGUUUGUGUGGAUCAUCUGUGUCCAAGUUAUUCAGAUUUCUAUAUUUUAGAUGAAAGGCUUUUACAUGUACUCAGCUUUUUACAAUCUAAGAUUAAUUUGUAGCUUUCACAUUAAACUAUACAUUAGUC